UGACUUGCUGCCCGCGCUCUUUGUGAGCGAGACAGGAAUGCUGGCCCUCCAGUUUAGCCUUGAAGGGUGUGGAGCGAGCUGCUGCUGCUGCUGUACUUGUCUGCGUCUGCGUGUCUCUGCAUCUCUGCCUCUGUCCCGCUCUACUGAGGAGCCUGCACAGAACAAGGGAGAUUAUUGGACUGAGAGGUGCAGGUUGACUCGGGGGACAUGGCCGGAAAGAUUUCCAAAGAUGAGCUGGAGGAGCUGCGGGAGGCCUUCGCCAAAGUGGACCUGAACAGCAAUGGAUUCAUCUGCGACUACGAGCUGCAUGACCUCUUCAAAGAGGCCAACCUCCCGUUGCCAGGCUACAAGGUGCGAGAGAUCAUCCAGAAGCUGAUGGUCCAGGGUGACAAGGACAAGGACAACAAGAUCAGCUUCGACGAGUUCGUCUCGAUCUUCCAGGAGCUGAAGAGCAGUGACAUCGCCAAGAGCUUCCGCAAGGCUAUCAACAGAAAGGAGGGCAUCCUGGCCAUCGGGGGCACGUCGACGCUCUCCAGCGAGGGAACCCAGCACUCCUUCUCGGAGGAGGAGAGGUUUGCCUUUGUGAACUGGAUCAACUCGGCGCUGGAGAAGGACGCUGACUGUAAGCAUGUGAUCCCCAUGGACCCCAACGCAGACGACCUCUUCAAGGCCGUGGGGGACGGCAUCGUCCUCUGUAAAAUGGUCAACCUCUCCGUACCCGACACCAUAGAUGAAAGAACCAUAAACAAGAAGAAGCUCACGCCGUUCACAAUACAGGAGAAUCUAAAUCUGGCUCUCAACUCCGCCUCUGCUAUCGGCUGUCACGUGGUGAACAUCGGCGCGUUUGACCUGCGGGAAGGCAAACCUCACCUGGUGCUUGGCCUCCUCUGGCAGAUCAUCAAGAUUGGCCUGUUCGCCGACAUCGAGCUCAGCCGCAAUGAAGCUUUGGCCGCUCUGCUGCGAGAGGGCGAGACGCUGGAGGACCUGAUGAAGCUCUCCCCCGAGGAGCUGCUGCUGCGCUGGGCCAACUUCCACCUGGAGAACGCCGGCAUGAACAAGAUCAACAACCUCAGCUCCGACAUCAAGGACUCCAGAGCGUACUUCCACCUCCUGAACCAGAUCGCCCCCAAGGGCCAGAAGGAGGACGAGGAGCGGAUCGACAUCGACAUGAGCGGCUUCAACGAGAAGGACGACUUGAAGAGAGCCGACUACAUGCUGCAGCAGGCAGACCGCCUUGGCUGCCGACAGUUCGUCACCCCCGCCGACGUCGUCGCCGGCAACCCUAAACUCAACUUGGCCUUUGUGGCCAACCUGUUCAAUAAGUACCCUGCCCUCACCAAGCCAGAGAAUCAGGACAUCGACUGGAGCCAGUUGGAAGGUGAGACCAGAGAGGAGAGGACCUUCAGGAACUGGAUGAAUUCGCUGGGUGUGAAUCCCCAUGUCAACCAUCUCUAUGGUGAUCUCAUGGAUGCUCUGGUCAUCCUGCAGCUCUAUGAGAGGAUCAAGGUGCCGGUCGACUGGAACAACAAAGUCAACAAACCGCCAUAUCCCAAGCUUGGGGCAAAUAUGAAAAAGCUAGAGAACUGCAACUACGCUGUGGAGCUGGGCAAGAGCAAGGCCAAGUUCUCCCUGGUGGGCAUAGGUGGGCAAGACCUGAACGACGGCAAUCCCACCCUCACCCUGGCACUGGUGUGGCAGCUCAUGAGGAGAUACACUCUGAAUGUAUUAGAGGACCUGGGAGAUGGAGAGAAGGCCGACGAUAACAUCAUUGUCAACUGGGUAAACAAGACUCUGUUGGAGGCUGACAAAUCAACCAAAAUAUCAAGCUUCAAGGACAGGGAGAUCAGCACCAGUUUGCCCGUGCUGGACCUGAUUGACGCCCUCCAGCCCGGGAGCGUGAGCUAUGACCUGGUGAAGACGGGCACUCUGUCUGACGAGGACAAGCUGGAAAAUGCCAAGUAUGCUGUAUCCAUGGCCAGGAAGAUAGGUGCUCGUGUUUACGCCCUGCCCGAAGACCUGGUGGAGGUGACGCCCAAGAUGGUGAUGACCGUGUUUGCUUGCCUGAUGGGGCGGGGCAUGAAGAAGGCGUAACCUUCCAUUGCGCCAGCCAAUCAAGGCCCACGUCUUCACCCACAAGCCAUUUUGCUGGUUAAAAGGCUUUUGGUUUAAAAAAAGAAAAAAAGAAAAAAAAAAAGAGUUAAAACAGCCAUAUUAAUAAAAAUAAGAGAAGCAAAAGUAAUGGCAAGAGACGUUAAAGAGUAACAUUAAAGUGUUUGGCAAUAGGAGAAUAUUGAAGGGAGGGGUUUGGGAGAUUUAUUCUGUUUAUUCCCCCACCCCCCCAUACAGAUAAUGGUUUGAACUUCGAAGGUACAUAUAAGAAAGAAACACACGAAAUGAUAGUGGACAAGAAAAUACACAAACAGCAAAAUACCUAAACAUAUCUGCAUUCGGAUGGAUUCAAGCCAUGUCAAACUCUCUGCAAUGUAUAUUUUUUUAUUUGCAUAUGUGUUUUUUGUGGAGUUGCGUGGUCCUCUUGAAAAGGAAGCGUGAGGGGACAGAAUCGUCGCUACAUGCAGUAUUGCUUGACACCUGCAGUACAUGCAGUACACACUCAUGGCUUUUUGUAUGGGACCAUUGAAUCUUGAUGCUUAUUUUCCUAGUGUUUUAUAUAUAUAUAAAUAUAUAAGUACAUAUCUUAUGUACCAAAUAUAUACAUACAUACAUACAUACAUACAUACAUUCAUUCAUCCUGUACUGGUAGAAGCUUUAAACAUUCCAUAAUAUCUGAACUCAUUUUAAAAUAUGUCGUAUGUCCAUAUAUACUGAAAAAGGCGUUUUACAGAAAGACGAAGGUCCAAAUGAAAACUAUGCAUGAACAAUCUUUUUUUUUUUUUCUUUUUUUUUUUUAUAUUAUUUAAAAUAACACACUCCAUGGUUGCUAAGGAAAUAAAAAACACAAAGCCUUAAGUAAGAGCAACCAAUUGACAGAAACGUGUCGAAAUGGGGGGGGGAAGGCCCCCCCAGUAUGGAGCUGGUGGCCGUCACAUAUGUGCUAUCAGGUCAGUAGCUUCCUUAGUGAGAGCGGCAGCGCUAAAGCAAACCUGGAGGGGAGAGAAACUGGAAGAGUUGGGCCUCACUGCAGCAUGGUGUCUGGACAGACAGACGGAAGAAUGGCAAACCAAAACAUUGCGUUGUACACAUGUCUAUAACGAAGAUCCAACUGCAGAAAAUAAAGCAACCCAAUGCUGUUCAUAGUAA